AUGAGGGGGGCGCUGAAGAAUGCAGACUGGGACCCCCUCCCUCCCAAGACUGGCAAAGGGAAGAAGGCCACAGCCGUGCCUUCGCGGCCGAGUGCCCCAGUCGCAGCCGUGUCCAGAGCGACAGCCCCUCCUUUGGCUAGAGAGACGGUCGUGACCUCGACCGCGACCCCAACCUCCAGGGCGACGACUACGGCGGGGGAGCGAAAAACCCUGGCGCAUAGGACUGUGCCAUCCUCUUCGUCGGCUCGGCCGAUCGUUGCCGUCGCCCCAGGUCGUAAGAGGGGUAGAGAGGCUGCGAGUGCCGAGGUCGUAGCGACCGAGGGCACUCCGGGCGAAGUGGUGGCCGAGGAAACAGCUGCUGCUGAGGCGAUGGUCGGGGAGGCGGCCGCUGCCGAAGUGGUGGUCGAGGAGGCUGCCACUGCCGAAGUUGCGGGAACGCUGGCUGCCGAGGUGCCAGCUACUGAGGCCGCCACCGCAGAUACAUCAGACAGCGAGGAUACCACCGUGGAAAUAGCACGGGCCGCCCUGGUGGCAUCUCCUCCGAUUGUUUCUGCUGUGCCUACCUCAGCCGUCACGGCCUCUACUGAGAUACCGCCGGUCAUCCCCCGCCGUCCAAGCGGCAUUGUGAUCCGUUCGCCUCCCAGAUCGUCAUUGCCUUCGUCCCCGGCCCUCAUUAUACCGAGCUCACAGCUUGUCCCGGCCACCGUGUCCAUGCCUCUGGCCCUUACAUCCCAUGAAUCGAAGGUCGUCACUGAGCUCGCAGUGGUCGAAGCUAUAGCCACUGGUGCGCCGAGCCCGCCGCCGGUCUCUUCGACGGUCCUGACCGAGCUCGCGGUUGCAGAAGUCCUCGCCGCGCCGUCGGCCGCUGAAGAACCUGCCUCCUCAGAUGACCUUGCCGAACUGUAUGCCAGCCUCCAUGAGGAGGGAAGUAGCUCGGCCUCGGCCCCUUUGGACGAGGAUUCCAGGGUCGUCGUUGAACGGCUUCGAGAGUUCUUAUUCUUUGGGGUUCACCAAAUGACCACCGUCAAGGCAUUCGUGGAGUUCAGGUCCUGCUUGGAUGCAGCUAUGGCGCUCGGUCUUCUAAACUAG